ACUUUCUCGUCUAGCUUCUUGCUGUCCUAAAAUCCAGGAAACUACAAUAUAGGAAAAAAGAAAAAGAAAAAAAGGGGAAGAUUACAAAAUCAUUAUACUCGAAGAAGAAACCCUUGCGCUGCGUGGGCGGAUCAAUUGGGAGAUCUGGAAACGCUGAAGGAAAAUCUUUCCGGGAAAAUAUUAUCCAGUUGAUCCAAACACGCCAUAACCCACACAUUCUUCUAUUGAAGCGAGAAGCGUAGAGGGAAGAAGAUAGAGAAAGAUGAAUAUAUUCAGAUUAGCAGGGGAUAUGACCCAUUUGGCUAGCGUUCUGGUUUUGCUCCUCAAGAUCCACACUAUCAAAUCCUGUGCCGGUGUUUCCUUGAAGACUCAAGAACUCUAUGCUCUUGUUUUUGCAACCCGCUAUUUGGAUAUCUUUUUCAACUUCAUCUCGUUUUAUAAUACCAUAAUGAAGUUAAUAUUUUUGGGUAGCUCUUUCUCAAUUGUUUGGUACAUACGGCGCCACAGGAUUGUUCGGAGAUCAUAUGAUAAGGACCAAGAUACAUUUCGCCAUUUAUUUCUCCUGCUCCCCUGCCUGCUUUUGGCUCUGGUUAUAAAUGAGAGGUUCACUUUUAAAGAGGUGCUGUGGACAUUUUCUUUAUAUUUGGAAGCAGUCGCCAUACUUCCUCAGCUGGUGCUGUUGCAAAGGACAAGAAAUAUUGACAACUUAACAGGGCAAUAUGUUUUCCUCCUUGGUGCAUAUCGAGCAUUAUACAUAUUGAACUGGAUCUACCGCUACUUUACUGAGGAACACUAUGUCCAUUGGAUCACUUGGAUAGCAGGGACUAUCCAGACUUUGCUCUAUGGUGAUUUCUUCUACUAUUACUUCCAGAGCUGGAAGAACAAUGUAAGGCUCGAGCUGCCAGCUUGAAAAUGUCGUCUACUUGUCCACUGCCUGCUAAGCGUUGCAAUAGGAUACUUGAAUCUGUGGUAGUUUGUAGAUGUUUCUCAUUUCUUUGUAACCUUUCUUUUAUAAUUUUUUUCCCCUUGAAUCUGUGGUAGUAUUUGUUCGGCCACAAGAAAUAUCUGACUGUCUUAUUAACCGGGGAUUGGACUCAUAAAACCAUGUUACUGUCAGUUUGUACCACAUCACAUACUAUCUCUCCAUCAAACAGUUUGUACGGAAAGUAUUUCCAAAAUGAAAAUGUUGUAUUCCAAUUCUUUAUCA